AAAUGUUUAGGAACACAUAUAGAGAUUUCACAUCCCAUACAGAUUCUGAAAACGUUCUUGAAAGCCCUAAAAUUUUAGAACGGUCACCUUCUGCAGAAGAACCAAGGAGUAUUCUUAAAAACUCUAGUAAAUAAGGAUGAUAACUUAAUAAAAAGAAUUGGGAGAGAUUCAAUGGUGCGGUUCGAGUUAGAUCAAAUACCUCCUAUUUCUCCCCCAGAUUUUACAAAUUUCAAAUCCAGGACAUUCAGAAGCUUAAAUCUCAAUGCUCUUGAAGGUGAUCAGAACAAAGAAAACAGAGUUAACACUAAUAUGUACUCGACUUCUCCUACCAACAUGCACAUUAACCCUUACUCCCGCACAGAGGGUGUAAGAUCUCGCUCAAGUAGCCCAGAAAGCUACUCCGACUCUAAAUUCAAACGUGCAGAGAAAAUAUUCGUACCUCACAUCCAAAGCGACAAGAACUGGUACUCCAAAGAAUAUGUAGAUGAACUUCAAAAAUUCUAUCAAAAAGAAAGGGAAACUCUUAAACAAAGAAUUGACAGAAUCUACAAAGAAAAUGAUGACUCCAAACUAAGGCUCCUCGAUCAGAUAGAAGACCUUAAGAAGCAAGCUCAUGAGCAUAAAUUAAAACAUAAGGAAGAGAUUAUACAUGUCAACACCCAGCAAUCUGAUAAACUCACUAGGAUCAUGAGGGAUAAGGACAGCCUGCUGGCGGAUGCCAAGAACCAGAUCUAUGAGCUCAAGAGUGAAGUUUCCCAACUUACUGUAAAGUAUACUGACCUGAACGAGGAAUAUAAGAGAGAAAAGUUUGAACUCCAGACUCAGAUUGAUAAUUUGUCCCAACAGCUGAACAACCAGCUAGAAAUCUUUGAUUCUACAAGGAGUGAUUAUGAGUACAGGAUCAAAUCCUCAAGAGAAAGAUACGAACUCGAAAAAGUAGAACUGAAGAAGGAAUAUGAGCAAUUAAUCAAUAAUAUCAGAUCCGAGCAUUCUGGGUCCCAUCAAGAACUUACUAAUGUUAUCAGAGUUAAGAAUAAAGAAAUAGACCUUCUGAGGAAGGAAAUGACUGAAAUCAAACUCUCCUAUAAUACUAGAAUAACAGAAAUGACUUCUGAAAACUCUGAUCUCCUCACUUCACUAAAAUCUUCACAAAAGUUAGCUGAUAUGCAGAUGAGGGAGAAUAAGAAGUUAAUCGAUAGAAAAUCUGCCGCCAAAAGGGAAACUAAAAUCCUUCAGAAAGAAAUCACCCUGCUCGAACAGGAGCAUCGAAGGGUUGUUGACAAGAACCAAGAUCUUAAGGAAAGAGUUGAUAAACUUGACAAAUUAGUCUACGGUGCUAAAAUGAGCAGUAGGAAAGCCAAGAGGUAA